AUAAAAAGGGAGCGCGCCCGCUGCCACCUCCCUCCUCCGGAGAGAAGCUGUAGUGAGGCUGUGCGAAGCACCGCAUUUCAGAGGACCGGCCAAGGCGCAUCCCUGCACCAUCAGCUGAAGCUCAGACGCCCGCGCUCCCUCAACUGCUGCAAGCCAGCCCGGAGCCCGCCACUGCCCCGCAGCCCGACCGCGCCCAGCCCGGAGAGGACAGCACCAGGAGGCGGCCCUGCUCAAGGCCACAGAGACCCCCGGCAGCGUCUCUCAGCAGACGGAUUCAACGUGAACUGCGUCAUGUCCUUUGGCAGAGACAUGGAGCUGGAGCACUUUGAUGAGCGGGAUAAGGCUCAGAGAUACAGCAGAGGGUCACGGGUGAACGGGCUGCCCAGUCCCACACACAGCGCCCACUGCAGCUUUUACAGAACCCGCACGCUGCAGACGCUCAGCUCCGAGAAGAAGGCCAAGAAAGUUCGUUUCUAUCGAAAUGGAGAUCGGUACUUUAAAGGGAUUGUGUAUGCCAUCUCCCCAGACCGGUUCCGAUCUUUUGAUGCCCUGCUGGCUGAUUUGACCCGAACUCUGUCGGAUAAUGUGAAUUUGCCCCAGGGAGUGAGAACAAUCUACACCAUUGAUGGGCUCAAGAAGAUUUCCAGCCUGGACCAACUGGUGGAAGGAGAGAGUUAUGUGUGUGGCUCAAUAGAGCCUUUCAAGAAACUGGAGUACACCAAGAACGUGAACCCAAACUGGUCUGUGAAUGUCAAAACCACCUCAGCAUCCCGGGCAGUGUCAUCACUGGCUACUGCCAAAGGGAGCCCUUCAGAGGUGCGGGAGAAUAAGGAUUUCAUUCGGCCCAAACUUGUCACCAUCAUCAGAAGUGGGGUGAAGCCACGGAAAGCUGUCCGGAUUCUGCUGAACAAGAAAACUGCUCAUUCCUUUGAGCAGGUUCUCACUGAUAUAACUGAUGCCAUCAAGCUGGACUCAGGAGUGGUGAAACGCCUGUACACCCUGGAUGGUAAACAGGUGAUGUGCCUUCAGGACUUUUUUGGUGACGAUGACAUUUUUAUUGCAUGUGGACCAGAGAAGUUCCGUUACCAGGAUGAUUUCUUGCUAGAUGAAAGUGAAUGUCGAGUUGUGAAGUCCACUUCUUACACCAAAAUAGCUUCGUCAUCCCGCAGGAGCACCAACAAGAGCCCAGGACCUUCCAGGCGCAGCAAGUCGCCAGCAUCAACCAGCUCAGUUAAUGGGACCCCUGGUAGUCAGCUCUCCACUCCACGGUCUGGCAAGUCACCAAGUCCAUCACCCACCAGCCCAGGAAGCCUGCGGAAGCAGAGGAGCUCUCAGCAUGGCGGUUCCUCUACUUCACUUGCGUCGACCAAAGUAUGCAGCUCGAUGGAUGAGAAUGAUGGAUCCGGAGAAGGUGAAAUGUCGGAGGAAGGCUUCCAGAUUCCAGCCACAAUAACGGAACGAUAUAAAGUUGGAAGGACAAUAGGAGAUGGAAACUUUGCUGUUGUCAAGGAAUGUGUAGAAAGGUCAACUGCUAGGGAGUAUGCUCUGAAAAUUAUCAAGAAAAGCAAAUGUCGAGGCAAAGAGCACAUGAUCCAGAGCGAGGUGUCUAUCUUAAGAAGAGUGAAGCAUCCCAAUAUUGUUCUUCUGAUUGAAGAGAUGGAUGUGCCAACUGAACUGUAUCUUGUUAUGGAAUUGGUAAAGGGAGGAGACCUCUUUGAUGCCAUUACUUCCACGAACAAAUACACUGAGCGAGACGCCAGUGGGAUGCUGUACAACCUGGCCAGUGCCAUCAAAUACCUGCAUAGCCUGAACAUCGUCCACCGUGAUAUCAAGCCCGAGAACCUGCUGGUGUAUGAACACCAAGAUGGCAGCAAAUCACUGAAGCUGGGUGACUUUGGACUGGCUACCAUUGUGGAUGGUCCCCUGUACACAGUCUGUGGCACUCCAACAUAUGUGGCUCCAGAAAUCAUUGCAGAGACUGGAUAUGGCCUCAAGGUAGACAUCUGGGCAGCUGGUGUAAUCACGUAUAUCCUGCUUUGUGGCUUCCCUCCAUUUCGUGGAAGUGGUGAUGACCAGGAGGUGCUUUUUGACCAGAUUUUGAUGGGACAAGUGGACUUUCCUUCUCCAUACUGGGAUAAUGUUUCUGAUUCUGCGAAGGAGCUUAUCACCAUGAUGCUGUUGGUCAAUGUUGAUCAGCGAUUUUCAGCCAUGCAGGUCCUUGAGCAUCCCUGGGUAAAUGAUGACGGCCUCCCAGAAAAUGAACAUCAGCUGUCAGUAGCUGGAAAGAUAAAGAAGCAUUUCAACACAGGCCCCAAGCCGAAUAGCACAGCAGCUGGAGUUUCUGUCAUAGCAACCACCGCUCUUGAUAAGGAGAGGCAGGUUUUCCGACGAAGAUGCAACCAGGAUGUGAGGAGCCGAUACAAGGCACAGCCAGCUCCGCCUGAACUCAACUCGGAAUCCGAAGACUAUUCCCCAAGCUCAUCAGAAACUGUUCGCUCCCCAAACUCGCCCUUUUAAUAAGACCCUUUUACUCGAAGUCCUAGCCUAACCCUUUGAGACUCUGAUUUUUUCCCCAAAUUAUGUAAAACAGUUUCAUCUGAUCUAUCUAGCACUUAGAAACAGAAAGUGUGUUUUCUGGUACCUUUGUAGUAAUUUCCCUUUGCUGAAUAAGAUAUGUUGUUUGUAAAGAUGGCAACUUGCUGCUAAUAGGAUCCUCAAAGGGUUAAGUCUACUUUGCAACUUUUUAAAAUUUAAAAGCAAUGAAUAUUUUCAUCAAUCAAACUAGGAUCUGCAGUGUGUAAUAAGCACAUGUUAACCCUCUGAGUGCAUGGUUUUUGGAGACCCCUUGGGGAAUUUUCCAGGCCUUUGGAUUUAUAGACACAUUUCUUGAUUUUGCUGCAGAUCUAGGGGUGUUUUUAGAUGCCACAAUAUCCAGAAAAGAAAGGCACCUAGAAUGAUAUCUUGCUUUUCCUUUUCUAUAGGUUUAGAUCAUGGCCGUUUUAUAACUUAGGCAUAAACACCCCUCUUUCUUCUUCACAGUCCUAUUAAGAAAGAGACUUUUCUCAUUAGAGGUAUGACUUUCAGCUGCUAUGAGUUCUGCAUCCCAAGUGGAGGAAAUUGGUCCUGUGGCAAACAGCCUGACCCACAAAAGAGAUGGUACCCCCCUCCCCCCAAAUUAUCUCCAUAUGAAGAUGUGCUGAUAUCACUCCAGAAAUGCUGCUUCCACAUCAGCUGCUGCUAGUGCCAGCGCAGACCCUCGGGAAGGCACACACAUACCUUGUCUUGUGCUUGGUGAGGGAGGGUCUGCCUGCUCAGUAUGAGCCAUCUACAGGACAAAAAAAAAAAAAAAAAAAAAAAAAAAAAAAAAAAAAAAAACCUGGUAGAAAAAGAGCAAUAAAUUGCCAGGUGCUCUAUAGGACUGGAAUUUCAAACAGAAAGAGGAAACAAGAUCCUGGUCUUUUUUCUCACCUGCUUUUCCAUGCACUGCUGUCUUCAGUGUGAAAUCCAUAGAGUAUCAAAUCCAUACACAGGAGUGCUGGAGCACAGGGGACUAGAGGCAAAGUGUUUUGCAAGGUGGCCAAGGAGAAAGCACAGUCAGAAAACAAUCUAGAAUAUUUUUAAAAUGGGUUUUAAGGAAAUAAAACACUGAUAAAAUCAUUUCCUGUGUACCUUUAGGUUUCCUACAUAUGAUCUCCCAGGAAGAACAGGAUAGGAGAACUGGAAGAUACCACUGAGGAUGAAACUUCCAUUCCCUAAGGUGCCCUUUUUACACACCGCUGUCUUUAGCUAUCUAGAGGGGCAUGUUAUUUUUCUCUCUAUGGGUCAAGUCCUGUCUGACACCUGAAUUGUCACUCCUGUGACAAAACCUUGAUCCCUAGCCCUGUAUCUCCAUUGAGUUUCUUCUGGGAUGUGUCACAUUUCAGAAUGGGAGCCUCCUGUGCUUUACUGUGAUGCUUAGAGAAAAGCCAUGGUGUCUUGGAGGCAGGGACCCAACUCAAAUGUCCUCCUAAGGUUUGCUCAGUUUUGAGAUGCAGGAGACAACCAAAGAGUGAGGUCUCAUAAAAUUUGCAUAUGUAAAGCUGAACAGCACUUACUGUCUCUGUUUUGAAUAUAUUUCAAUAUCUGAAGGUCUUUGACAUUUCUUUAUUUUCAAAUACACAUUUGUCUUCAAUUACUGCUUUUACUCUUUAGCUCAUAAACUAUGCCCUAUGUUAAUAUAGAGUUUAAGGUCCUACCAUGUCAUGAUUUUUACAAGGUAGUUCCCUCAAUUUUUUGCUCUUCUACAUUUAGGUUUAUUUCUUUAGUCUGUGUUGUCCUGACAUGUAAGCAGUAGAUUAUUUAUUAAAAGUUGUCCCCCUUUUAGAGAGUCCUGAAAUGAUACCAUACAAUAUCACAGAGUAGCACAAUUCAGUCAAGGUUGGGUGAGGGCAGAAUACCAGGAAAGGUGUUGGUGUGUAGAAAGAUUCCACAUCAGUGAAGUACCCAGAACUGUUCAGAAAUACUGCUUUGUCUAGAACUAUAAAGCAAAGCACUAUUCUAAGUAACACUGGAGUAGCCAUAUAACUUGGCCUCAACUCUAAAUGUGUGACUCUGAAGAAUCUUAUGAGCAGAGACCUACCUACAAAAGAUUUCACUUUCCUUUCUUUCUCUGAAUUACUGCUUUUCCCGUGGACAUUACAUGUAUUGGUACAGCAUUUAGUGUACAGAACUUAUAGUGCAUGGCUCAGCCUUUUUCCAUCCAAGUUUUGGGAGACUGUGGACCAUGUGAAGCUGGGGAGUGUUUCGCAACCACUUCAGAGAGCAGCUCGGAAGAAUAUAGGGCCCAUUCAGCAUGGAGAGCCCAACGCAUUGCUGUCGAAUUUGUGAUUUAUGCUGAGUAAACAGUGUAUGUGAUAUGUCAAGUAGAAAUGUUUAGUAAUCAGAUGGAAUGCAAUCUUUUCAGCAUCAAGCUGUCAAGAUCCUGAAUAUGAGAAGUGUAUGCAAAGGGUUAACAGACAAGCACAAGGCAUGCUGAUUACAUUGGUAUAUUCAGACUGCUUUGCUUUUAGCCAAUGCUUUCUAAUUUUUUUUUCAUGACAUUCUUGGGAUAGUUCAAGUUUGAAUUCAUUAAGUGAUAGUGUUCUUUAAGUAAUUUCUAUAACCAAAUUGAUCUUUUCUUUCACUUCAUCAUCAAAUAAAUAUGUACCAUUAUGGGAGUGUACUUCUGUAAUUAUCAUUUUAAUCAUUGCCAUAAGUGUUUCCAUAUUUUUUUCUAAGUAUUUAAUAUAGCUCUUAUGGUGUUAGUAUGGUGAUGGGGACUGUCUUUCCUUUAUUAAUACAUAAUCAACCAUAUAGUAUUUUCAAGAAAAUUUUAAGAUUCAACUUUUCAGUUCAUUAGUAGACUAGUUGAGAAAGAACACUUCCAUUACUUGCAUUGUGUAAAUCAUCUCUGUAGAUGAUAACUGUUCAUAUUGAUGAAUACUUUUUUGCAACAUUGUAGCAGAAAUCACUUUAUUCUUCACAAUCAAUGAAUAUGUGGUUUUCUCCAAAUCGUUAGAAGGAAAAGUAAGAUUUCAGUCAUUAAAAAUGUUUUUACAGUAGCCCUCAUCUAACUUACUCAUGGUGCAUAUUAAAAUAAGCAGAGAAAAAUGCAAAUAAACUACUGAAAAUGCUUGGUGUUUUGUAUUCCAUGAGACCUCAUGCAAGUGUUCAGUACCCCCCUGGGUUGUGUCUAACAGCCUGGUCAGAUAUUGUUGGAAGAAAGCAAUAUAUCCAUGAAGAAAAGCUAAAAUUGCAAUCCUUUACCCUUUGAAGCAUAUUACAGUUGGAAAAAAAGAGGAAGGAAAAAUUGACUUAGUUUAGAGGGUCACAGAGCUACCAAACUCCAUUAAAUCACGGUGGUUUGUUGGCCAAGGGCACCCAUUCGACAACUCCAUCCCCCUGCGGUAGUGCAAUUGUGCUUGAGGGAGAGCUUUGUUAAUAUUAUUGUGUUGCCUGCUAGCCCUCUAAGGGUAAAAAAUCUCUUGAAUUUCUAUGAUAAACUACUUUCAAACUACUUUUAAUUGAACCAUAAAAAGGUGCCCUAAGCUGGCUUGCUCUAGAAGGCCUGUGUCAGAGUGAAGGCUCACUUCCUUCUCACCUCUGCCCAAUUCUCCUGAGAUAAUAAUAAGAAAACCUGGUAUGUCUUCUCCUUCACUGAGAUUUCAGAAGUUUGGAAAGCACCAAGAUCCAAGAUGGUGGUUUUUAUGCAUUCAUUUGGAUGUAGGUUUCAAAAAUAAAUAAAUAAAUAAUACACCUGGAAUAUAUUGUAGAUAACGUCUUUUCUAUAAUUUGUAAAUCACUAAAUUUUUAAGUCUUACAUGAUAUAUUUUUUUCUCAGUCAAACUUUUUUUAAAAAUUGAAGUUGGUCAGUUCAAAGAUUAGUUUUUCCUUUGUGUUGUCUGCUACUUGCAUUAGGAGUUGGGAAAAAUACUCUCAGAUGAACCCUUUGCAUGCAGUGAUAGAGGGUCAGAUAUAUGCUUCUUUGGGAAUUAUGUGUUUCUUUAGUUAACAAGUUUCAGGAAGCCAUUCUAGUCUGUUGGAGAAAGUAGUGAUUCAAAAUACUUCCAAAAAUAACAUUUUUGUCAAUUCAGUUAUGAUCAGAAGAGUGUCAACUAGCACAUUUUAAACUUUUGUUGUUUAAAAACAAAUAAAUCAACAGCACUUGAGGACACACUAAACACUUGACACUUGCAAAUGUGCUUUUAAAAUGGCUCAAUGGUGCUUAUACAUGAAACAGUAGCAAAUGGGGUCCCAAGGACUGUCACAAGAAUCUUUAAUUUUUAUGUAAUUACUAGGAGCCCAGAGCGCAAUUGGAAAUCACACGGUGCUGGCCACUCUCUCUCUGACCCUUGAAGCAGCCAUGGCCGCUGCUGGUCAGGCCUUCCCCCAGCUCAGGCGCAUGGAGGCCCCUGCCGCCCCACCCCUGAAGCUGUGCGCGCAACCUCCUCCUGUCCGGUCAGCCCAUUAUGGCGUCCUGGUUAAUUAGCAUACACACACACACACACACACACACACACACACACACACACACACUUGAGGUGGAGGUGCUUUUAAGCCAGUCUUUUACUUUUUAAUAUCUCAAAUAUGCAACCAUACAGUGAGUAACAUUAAAGGUCUUAAACUGGUGAGAAACAGGAAAGUCAAUGCAGAGACUUAGAAGGCUUCUAUUUGGGUGGGCUUUUCUUCCCCUUGGUUUGUUCCCCUGAUCCCCACCCCUAUUGCUGCUGCUGCUGCUGCUUCUGUUAUUGUUGGGCUUCACACUGAAGUUGUAGUGAUCAUUUCUCAGUGAGGGAGUUUCUAUCUUGCAGCAUUUUGAUCAUGAGGUUUAUGAUAUCUUGCCCUUGGAGACAAGAGAGAGAUCUCGUUUAUUUCUUUUUCCCUAAAGGAAAAGCAAUCUUUACAACUAAAACAACCUGCAAAUUUCCUCAACAUUCUUUUUUGAUCAACUGAAGUGAAUUCCUUAAUGUUGCUUCAAUGUAAAAUUGUAUAUUUUUGUCUGUGAUACAUUUUAGUAAUUUAAAGUAAAUAAUAGUUCUACAAGCUUUCACAUUUGGUAUAAAGAGAAAGUAGGACUUUAAAAGUGAUGAUAAAGAUGCUAUAAUGUCAGUUCAUUCCAGUCCAAUUCAAUGUGGUAAGAAAAAGAUCUUGAAGUUCUCUAGGGACAAUUUUUCACUUGCCAUUGACAUUAAUCUUUGAUGUAUUCUCAGGAAAAAAAUGAGAAGAAAUUGAAACCAGUCCAAGGUUAGAGUCAUAGCUUCUAUAACUUUUUAAAAUGUUUUAUUAGGAAAUUAAUAAUAGCAUUUUUCAUUCUGAUUGAAAGAAAAUGAUUAAAGAAUUAGUUGAGUGUGAAAUUAAAUAGUAUUUUGCUCAUGCACACUAAAAAGGUGGGUUAGGAACUUGAUAAAUUUAUACAAGUUUCUGAAAGAUUUCAAUUUGGUGCAAGAAAAAAAGUUCAAUGUUUCCUUUGAAAUAUUGAAUUUAUCAAUUGCUGCAUGGAUCAGAUGGCAUAGGUUAAUUUUUUAUUUUGAGAAUCUUAAUGAAAUAACUUUCAAAUGAUUUGUAUACAUGAUUAAAGCUGGAGUGACAUCUAAUUUUUUUCCUAAUCUCUCAGUUUAAGCUAAUAAAUAUAGGUUAAUGUGGAAUGAAGUCAUCUGUGAUAUAUUAUCUUCAUUUAUCAACUGAGUUCUUUUGAUGUUGCUUGUUUUUAUGUAAAACAUGUUCUUAAAGUUAAUAAAAUAAUAGUAGUUGGUGUGUGAACUACUAUGUAAUACCUUA